ACUAGCUCCGUUCGACAAUAGGCCCGGCAGGAAGGCAACAUAGUUGCGCAUACAGUUGACCCGUACGUACUCCUGUGGGCACACUCUGACAAAGAGGUCAUGGGGUUGCCAACACUGGUCGAUAUCAUCACAAAUAUGAUGAUGAUUCCGGGUGAUUGGCUGGCGCCUGACCAUGUACAACUGAAAGAAUACAAACGUGUUCUGUUGACUUCACCAUUUAUGAGUCGUGCUAUCAAGUAGGCCAUCGAGAUGCGAAAGAAGGACAAAAAUAGUAGACCCGCAAACAAUUUCCUUACAGUAGUGUCUAGGUACGGAGCAAUGGCUACACAUUGUGGUAUAAUUAUUGGAAGAGGGGCAGCGCUACGCCCACUCAAAGAUGAGUUGUCGGAUAUUUCGGGCGUGCAAGAAGAAACGUCAGCAGGGUCUGUGUCGUGGGCAACGCUGGCUGGCAAAAGCAAUGUACCAAAGAAAAUCGCCUGGACUAAGCACGCUGUGAAGAAGACAGAGGAAGAGUCGCAGGAAGGUGCUAAGAUAUACAAUAUUUGGAAAGACUUGCGGAAAGCUGUGGAUGAUGAAGACAGUCGGCAGUUAAGCGUGUGGCAAAGUUGGCAACAAUCCAAUCCACGUCCUACAAAUGAAGCAGAUCUCGAACGCCUGACAAGAGGCUCAACGAUCACAACACCAAGGGAUGAAGAGACGUUUAAAAAAAGGGUCGGAUAUUGCGACAAGUCCCGCGAUGUUGAAGGAGAUAUGUGCAAGGAAGAGGUGGACUGUUAAGUUCUUCGAAAGCAAGGAAUCAGAAACGGGUUGAACGAGGAAACGAGGUUGAACUAUUAGCCUAACUGUCAUUUUAUAUGCAAC